AUGGGUGUGGGUAGGAUGAGGGAGACCGGGGACAUCAGGAUGGCGGGGCCACUGGCACUGGCGCGGGACCUGCUGGCCGAGGGUGGGGAGCCCUUCUUUGUCCUCAACAGUGACGUGAUCUGCGAGUUCCCCUUCGCGGCACUGGCCCACUUCCACCAGCGGCACGGCGGCGAGGGCUCGCUGGUGGUGACCCGCGUGGAGGAGCCGGCCAAGUACGGCGUGGUGGUGAGCGAGCCCAACACUGGCCGCAUCUACCGCUUCGUGGAGAAGCCACGUGUCUUCGUGUCCAACAAGAUCAAUGCCGGGCUCUACAUCUUCAGCCCGGGCAUCCUGCAGCGCAUCCAGCUGCGCCCCACCUCCAUUGAGAAGGAGAUCUUCCCGGCCAUGGCGCAGGACGGGCAGCUCUAUGCCAUGGAGCUGCAGGGCUUCUGGAUGGACAUUGGGCAGCCCAAGGACUUCCUUACAGGCAUGUGCAUGUACCUGCAGGCACUGCGGGCUCAGCACCCUGAGAAGCUGCACUCGGGGCCUGGUGUUGUAGGGAACGUGCUGGUGGACCCUAGUGCCAAGAUUGGGGCAAACUGUGUCAUUGGCCCCAACGUGACGAUCGGGGCUGGCGUGGUGGUGGAGGACGGGGUGCGCAUCAAACGCUGCACCGUGCUGGAGGGGGCCCGCGUCCGCUCCCACUCCUGGCUGGAGUCCUGCAUCGUGGGCUGGAGCUGCUCUGUGGGGCAGUGGGUGCGCAUGGAGAAUGUGACAGUGCUGGGCGAGGACGUCAUUGUCAACGACGAGCUCUACCUCAAUGGGGCCAACGUGCUGCCACACAAGUCCAUCACCGAGUCGGUGCCAGAGCCACGAAUCAUCAUGUAGCAGCCCCUGGUGGGCCCUGCACUCCUGGUUCUGCUUGGAUUAAAUAUUUACAUUUCCAUC